AUGACCGAUAAUUCAUUAUCACUGGAUCUAGAGCAUCGACAAGAUGACGAAUUCAAUAGUAUUGCAUCAAUAUACUCCGAUAUUUUUAUUGAUAUAACUCCGAAAGGGUUGGUUUGGGGCAAAAAACCAAACCAUCAUUUUCAAGUCAAAUUGAAAUCAGAUAGUACAAAAGAAAAUCCAGAAGUGGCAAUUACACUAGAUAUUGAAUUCACUGCAACAUAUCCUUUAUCUCCACCAAAAGUUAAAUUACUCGAACCUGUGAAUCUUUUAAAGAGCCAUCAAGCACAAUUGAAGAGCAAGUAUGAAUGUUUGAUCAAAGAAUAUCCAAAGGAAGAGGUUUGUUUCACGAUAAUAUCCGAGCUCAUGUACUUGCUAGACGAGAUACAGGCGAAAACAGGGAAAGUAUUAUCUUUGGAAGAAGAAAGAGAAGAGCGACUAAGACAGGAGCGGGAAGCUUUGCAAAUGCGCGAAGCCAAACUUGCCAAAGAAGAAGAAAAGGCUACAUAUCGACGAAACGUGGAACUUAACGAGCAGAUUCGCCAGAUGAAGGAUGAUUAUCUGGAAGAAGGCAUAGAAUUUGAUAAUAAUAAUAAUAAUAAUAAUAAUGAACAAGAAUUGGGACGAUCUGCACCUUUACCUGAUGAUGUACAGAAUUACUUUUUGUUUGAAAAGGACUUGGCAGAUACCUUACCUGUAAAUGGUGGCAGAUUCAAGUUCCGAGCUAUUUCAGGCUUUAUUAAGUAUAACAAGACCACAUUUUUCAGCUCAAUUGGAAAACAAUACAUUGUAAAGCCAUUUGUUAGUUCGGAAGUUCAGGCAAAAGCUGAUCGUAUGGGGCUAGAGCUCUCGUAUCUUUUAACGGACAUCCAUCUUCAAGAAGAAUAUUGGUUUAGUGAAUCAGGGAAACGAGAAAUCCAAGACUUGGAAAGAGAAUUACAAAGCUGCUUGCAUAUCAAUGAUUCGCACCUUUUAAAGCUAGUUGGGUUUCAAAUUGAUAAACUCCAAGGCUGGCGUAUCAGAUUAUUGAAUGAGUAUUCAUUUGUAGCCCGAACUGUGAGUGAUGUAAUUUCCAGUACUAAAUCAGAAAGUCAUGUCGACUGGGCAUUAGCCCGGAAUUGGCUAAUCCAGAUUAUUCCAGCAUUGGAACAUUUGCAUAAUCUCGGACUUACACACAAGCUGAUCAAUCCAUUAAAUGUUUUACUAUUUGAAGAUGAAAAUUAUACAAUAUCAGAACACUCUGCUGCUGGACCUGCAGGUGGAUUUGAUGCAACUUCAAAAGGAUAUACAAAAGAAGUGAAACUUGCCCAUCCACUAUAUGGAGCUAGGCUACACAAGAUGAAAAGCAAGUUUGUUACUACCAACAUUAACAACAAUUAUAACUUGUCACAAUUAUGGAUGCCGCCAGAGGUGAGAGGAGACAACAAGACCAAUGACAAAGGCAAUGAAAAAGAUGGUAACAACAACAAUAACAACAACAGCAGUUAUUCCAACAAGUCAGAUGUAUGGGACCUUGGUAUUUUGUUUGCCAGAAUAAUGCUUGGAACUAAUGUAUUUGAUCAACCUCAAUUGACGCCGGAAAAUGUUUCACGAAUAAUCCCGCAAUGUAAUGCUUUACAAAAUGAAAAGCAAAAUAGAUACAAAGACGCCGUAGGUGAUUUACUUUCUCGAAUGUUACAAUUCAAGCCAGCCAAGAGACCCACGCCGGUGGAGUUGAAUGCCCUCACAUUUUUGAGAGACGGCCCUGCGAUAAAUUUAAAUCGCCCUGCAUUGCAUACCGGUCUUCUUUCUGAUAUGAAAUUAGCUUCAAUUUCUAUUUCUUCAAGUGCAUCAAAUACCUCUCGAUUUUUUAAUAAUGAACCAGAUGCAAAUAAUAGCAAAAGAAGUUUGUCCAGUAACAAGGUGGAUCAUACAUUGACCAGUCGUUAUGCGCGUGAUUUUGAAGAAAUUGGUAGAUUGGGCAAAGGUGGUUUUGGGGAUGUUGUGAAAGUGCGGAAUAAAAUGGAGGGAACAUAUUAUGCUAUUAAGAAGAUUAAGCACAAAGCUAAUAAGCUAGAUUCGAUUUUGAACGAAGUGCUUUCACUUGCUCGGUUGAACCAUCAGUAUAUUGUACGAUAUUAUGGAACAUGGGUUGAAGAAGCCCAAGACGACUCAGAUGCCACAGAGUCUAGUGUGACUUCCCAAACUACGGAGUCAAAUGCCAUUGACCAAAGUUCCGAUACGGAUGAUUUGCAUUUUGGAUUUGGCAAUAAUAAACUCCCGCCAUCUUUAAGAUUAACCCGCACCGACUCAUUUCAAGUUGACUUUAUGUCCCGCUCAUUUGAUCCGAAAGUUGAUUUUGAUGAUCAGCUUUCUACUGAAGAUGAUGAUAGUGAUAGUGAUAGUGAUGACGAUGACACCGAUGGAGAUGGUGAUGGUGCAAUUGAUAACUAUCACGUAGAUGAGCAGUCAGAAGAUGCAUUUGAGUUUGCACAAAGUACCGAUGAUGGAGAACUUGACCUGAAUACAGACAAGAACGAGUGGAGCUCUAGCAUGGAAGUACUGAGAGAGACAAACAAGCAUAAACAACAGCAAAGACAAAGACAAAGACAAAAACAAAAACAAUCUCAACAUCUACAGCAAGUUCCUGCAAUAAGAGGUGGGGUUGUGGAGAGUACUAAGCAAUCGAUACUUUACAUACAGAUGGAGUUUUGCGAGAAUAAUACUUUGUUGAACUUGAUUGAACAAGGAUUACCCAAUAAUCCUACAGAAUAUUGGAGGUUAUUCAGGCAGUUACUCGAGGCAGUUUCGUAUAUUCACAAAGAGGGCUUUAUACAUCGUGACUUGAAGCCAAUGAAUAUUUUUAUCGACAAAUCAAAUAAUGUAAAAGUCGGUGAUUUUGGUUUGGCUAAAAACUCGCAAUCCCUUUUGGCAGCAUCAGCACUAAGAAAUUUACCUCUUAGUGGUAGUAACAACAAUAGUGCUACAAUGACACCCACCAUUUAUAAUGAUCGGGGUGUGAUCAAAGCAGGUGACUUGUCUACGAUAGUAGGUACAGUAUUGUAUACUGCGCCUGAAGUAGCCUCUGGGUCCUACGAUGAAAAAGUGGAUAUGUUUUCUUUGGGUGUAAUUUUCUUUGAGAUGUGCUACUCAUUGUCAACAGGGAUGGAGCGGGUAACAACUUUAAAAAGAUGCCGAGAACUGAUAUUCCCUUCUACUUGGAAAAGUACACAAGAGAAGAAAGUUGUUAAGGCAUUGCUCAACGCCAACCCCAAGGCCAGACCUAGUGCCUCUGCGCUUCUUCAAAGUGGUUGGCUUCCUGUUGAACACCAGGACCAAGUGAUUAAAGAAGCACUCAAGUCUUUGGCUGAUCCUGCGUCGCCUUGGCAACAACAAGUUCGUGAAACGCUUUUCAAGCAACCAUACCUGUUGGCUAAAGAUAUUUUGUACGACAAUAAUUCUUUUCAAGAGCAUGAAUCGGCUAAUGACUAUUUGCUUUUCAACAAGUUGCUUAAAGAUUUGGCUGAUAUAUUUCAUACACAUGGAGCAGUAGAGAAUUUGAAUAUUAACGUGGUACUACCAAAAACGCCAUUACAACCAGCUGAUCAAGUAUACGAGGUUCUUGACAAAAGUGGGUCUGUGGUGACCCUUCCGUUUGAUUUGACUAUUCCGGUUGCCAGAUUUUUGAGCAAAAAUGAUGUUGUGAUACCUAAAUUUUAUCGUCACGAGUUUGUUUACAGGUCAAAUUUAACCAAAGGUUUGGGCGGUAUGCCGCAAAAGUUUAGCGCCAUGAGCUUUAACAUUGUUACAGAUACACCUGAGGAUAUUGUUUUUAAUGAUGCUGAAUGUUUAAAAGUUGUUGAUGAAGUUUUGAGUCUUGUAUCUUAUAUCCCCACUCGACGUAUCAUUCUUAUCAACCAUUAUGAUAUCCUUGACUCUGUCAUCUCGUUUGCUUUUGAUAACGUCAAACUAAACGAAGGUGCCCUAGCGUCCGUGUUAGGUACAUUAUCGCAGUUAGAAAUCGACAAAUCUGCCAAGGAAGUGCGAAGGAUCCUUCGAGAUCAAGUGAGCGUGCCUCAUACUGUAGUUGAGGAUCUUCUUGAGAAUUUUAAUUUCACUUGUCCCUUACAUGAAGCUCGUCAUAAACUACAAAAAUUAAUGAUUGACUCGCCCCAUUUGUACAAACUCGAAAGGGCUUUUGCUUAUAUAACAAAGAUUUUAGGUGUUUUGAACCAAUUUGGGGUGCAAUCUCAGGUAUUAAUAAACCCACUCAGUAAUUAUGAUAACUCGUUUUACCAACAUGGGAUAAUGUUUCAAGGUCUUUUCCAAGCCGAUGGAUUUAAACGUCCCAAUAGGAUUAUUACCGGUGGUCGUUUUGAUUGUUUGAUUCAAUCUUUUGUUGAUAAUUCAAUGGCGCAUUAUUCUGAUUUGAAAUUUAAAAGUACACAUGGUGUUGGAUUUACAUUAACAACUUCAUUUCUUUUGAAAUGGACAAGAAGCAUACUCUCUCGACGUUCUUCGAAAUCAUCGGUAUUAAGUGGAGGAGGAAAUAUAGGUUAUAAUGUUGGCAAUAACGGUAGUGGUAUAGGAAGUGGUGGUGCUAGUGGUGGUGUUGGUAAUAGUAGUAGUGGAGGUGGUAAUGGAAAUAUCAAUUGUGCUGGUGGUAGUAGAUGUGAUGUGAUUAUUGCUUCGACUGAUCUGGAGAAUAUCAGCAAGAUUGGGUAUGAACUAGCUGGACGAUUGUGGACGCGAAAAUUUAGUGUUGAUAUAUUACCAAAAGCAGCUCCGCAGGAUGAGCUUAUCCACCAAGCUCUUGAUGCUGGUGCACAAUUGAUUGUGUUGAUCCGGGCAGGUGAAAUCCACAAGAAAUCGAAAAAAGGGUCUAGCUAUAAACCGUUGCGCGUGAAGAAUUUAUGUACUGGCAAAGAGACAAAUUGGGACAACUACGAUGAUGUAGUACAGCAUCUUCAUGAAGAAAUCCACGGCGAUCAGUUUGAUGAGGAAUCAUCUGUUAAUAAGCAAGACGACGACUUUGAUGAUGUAGGAAACUUACCCGAAGACCAAGUAACAAUAGAUAUCAAUCAAAAAGUGAUUGUUGUUAAUAAUGAAGCUCCUAGAGGGCGUAAAAAUAAACGUGAUAAAUGGGAAGUUGAAGGCAAAGGUAGGAGUGCUGGUACCAAGACAGUGCAAAGUUUAGCCAAUGGUCCUGUGUUGGUAUUUGAUAUUCGUGACGAGACGUUAGAUAUGAUUGGAAUUACUUCAAUUAACCAACAAGAAGAAUGGAUCAGGAAAGUUGUUUAUAGUACCAAUAACUUACCAAAGAGUUUUGCAUUGAACAUUUACAAUACUUUAGUGAAAGAAGCGGCAAAGGGUAGCAGAUGGUGCAUUUUGGUAGCUUCUAGAACCCAACAUUCAACAAUCGUUGACUUGCAAAGGUAA